AUGAAAUUCCUCGCCUCACCUCUCAUCAUUGCUUCGGCCCUGACCUCCAUCUUUGCCUCCUCCCUCCCUGCUUCCCAAACCACCUUCGAGACCAAGGUCACCCAAGCCCGCGAUGUCACCAGAGCUGCUGCCGCCGAUGGCCAGUUCUUGUCUGGUUGUGACAACCCCAAGCUUUGGUCACAAUCUAUUGCUUGCCCGGACAAGAACGCACACGGAGCUUGCAGGAACCCACACCAGGAUCUGGAAGACUGGCAGAUCAAGUACGCUCAUGAGUGGUUCAAGGCUUGCCAGGGGAGGGCUUAUACCUUUCCUAAGGAUGACACCGCCAAUUCCAAUGGAAAGUGUCAAUCCGGGAUUGUUAACUGCCAGAUUCUUCCCAAGGAAAGCACAACUUGA